CUAGUCAAUGGAUGGGCUUAGAAUUUGCUGACAAAUUAAGAGCAUGGUUAUGGCAGAAAUGUCAUCUUGUAGAGUUCUUUCAAUUUGAACCAUUCAAAGUUUGGCGGAAAAUACAAACCGAUUCACUAAUAUUCCGUCUUCGUCGCCGUAGUGAAUCUUUAUCCACCAAUGGCUUAAUUCCUAGGCCUCCUAUUACUUCAGAACCACCAACAAUAUUUUUACGAUACAUGAAUCGCAAAGCAACAUUACAGGAGACUCUUAAAGCUUAUGCAAACUUUAAUCCAAACAAUACACCCUUCGAUAAAGAUAUGCAUUGUAAAAUAACACCACCUUAUCCACACACUAUUCUUCCUUCUCCUACAAGUUCUUACUCAUUUACGUUCUUAAUGCCUACCUCCGCCGUUAGCGCAUAUCUUCAUUCGAUAACAGCACAUCUUCCUUCUCUUUGUGAUCAUUCAAGUAUGAAACCCACUUGGCUUGAAUGCAAUCCGUUGAUUUGGCACAGAGGACCAAAUACCAAUCCGGUAUAUGCUCUCGUUGUUCGAACAUCAUGGGCAUAUUCUAAAUUCGGUAAAGAA